UAUAAAUACUGAGUACCGAUCAUAUUUUCUAUUAACUUGUCUUGUUACAAUGUGGUCGGUUUUGGUAGUGUUCUUUUGUGUUAUUGGUAGUGUACAAGCGAAUAAUUUAGACUGCCAUCUACCAAAACAUUCAGGAGUUUGUCAAGCGAGAGAUCCAAGAUUUUAUUUCGAUGUUUAUGCGAAACAGUGUAGAAAAUUCAUCUAUGGUGGAUGCGGAGGAAAUGCAAACAAUUUCAAAACGUUGGCUGAAUGCAAAGUAAAAUGUAUGGUUAAAACAAAACCCAAACGAUGUCUUACCUGUUGUGGACCUCCUCCUUGUUGUAGUACCUGUAACAAGCCUGGGAUUUGUGCACCACCUAUCAUAGUACCUGGACAAAUAGAUACCAUUUGUGUUGAAGAAUGCAAUCGUGACGACGACUGUCAGGGUGAGAAAAAAUGUUGUCCGUACAUUUGUGGACGUGUUUGUUCUAUUCCAACCGGCGGAUUUAAACCCAAACCAGUAAAGCCUGGGUUUUGUCCACCUGUACCAACGGAUAUCGCCGGUGUAUGUGUUGAUGAAUGCAGCAGUGACGACACUUGUCAGGGUGAAAAGAAAUGUUGCUCAAACGGUUGUGGACAUUUUUGUUCCAUGGUAACGGGUGGAGUUAUGCCCCUGCCAGCACCCUGUCGAAUAGGAAAACCACUACCUCACAUAUUUUGUGGGCGUGGUCCUUAUCGUCAAAAGUGUCCCAAGGGCUAUUACUGUAACAACGACCGAGGUGAUAGAUUUCCUGUUUGCUGCCAAAGACGUUAUAGCUAAUAAUUUCAGAAAUAAAAUGAGUUAAU